AUGCGGCGCGGUCAACCACUCGUCCGAAUGCCGGCUAGGGCUCAAACUCAAAAGGUCAGGGAGGAAUGCAAGGCCGUGGGAUGUCACAAUGAACCUGCUAGGUCUUCCUCCACGGGAGCGUUUUACUAUUUCUGCCAUCACCACGCCUGUCAAGCCGGACCAAACAACUGUGGUGACCAAACAAGAAAGGGCGAAAAGUUCUGUGAAAAGCACGCCGAAUGCACCGACCCUGAUUGUCACGUCAGGUUUGAACCCUAUAACCUGAGAUACUCCCAGAUAGGAGUAGACAGAUGGUUUUGUCCAGACCAUGCCUGCACGGAGGAGGGCUGUUACAAGAGACGUCGCGACUCUGUCACAUUGUUCUGCGCAGCGCAUGCCAAAGAAAACCAAUGCAGCAAGCCAGGCUGCGAAGAGAUCCGGGUUCCCGACGGCCGGAUCUGCAAGCAGCACACGUGCGACGAGCCCGGGUGUCUUCUAGAAGUCUACCCACAGGGCCAGAACGGGCAAAUGUGCUCUCAAUACCAGCCCUGCGGCUAUGCAGGCUGCAGCCGCUUUGCACCCCUGGAUGGCAAUGGACAUCCGGAGAAGUUGUGUGCCUACCACCGCCUGUGCCGGGCCCCCGGCGACCCCUGCGAUGGCAUAGUCGAUGGCAACAGCGAUUACUGCCCACAGCACAAGUGCGGUGUGAUGGGAUGCAACAGAUGCCGUGACAACCAAUGGAUCCCAGAGAACCGGUGGUGUACCCCUCGCGACGCGGCUGCGAGCGUUCACGAUUGGAAGGAUCCGACUUUCGCCCGAGCCACUCGUGCCGCCAUCGAGGGUGUCCGAAUGCUGCCAGGCGCUCAGGAGGCUGUUGUGCCGUCCACGAUGGUGGACGGGACAACUUCUCUGGGAGUGACUCGGACUCUUCCCACCGCCGCAGACGGAACAGACACAACCAGCCGCGACGUGAUGACCAUCAGCGAGGUCCUAGACGGUUCAGCCCUGGUCACCGCCGGCCACGAAAACAGGAGGAAGAAGAGUACGAAGACGACGGGUACUACACACUGA